AUGUCGCCGGCGUUAUCCAAUGUGGACGACGGAAAGACAAAGAAGAAGAAAAGAGUGAUCCUGUGGCACAGAAACGAUUUGCGCGUGCACGAUAACUUAACCUUAAAAGAAGCGUUGACAUUUUGCAGUGAGUCGAGUGAGCUGUGUGAGCUCGUGCCGACGUACAUUUUCGAUCCGAGAUGGUUUUUGAGUGAUGAUGCGUUUGACCGGUCUGAUCAGAAAAGGAGAGAGAAAAGUCUCACGAACGCGCCAAAGUGUUCGCAACGGAGAGCGGAGUUUUUAUUAGAAUCCGUGUUAGAUUUAAAAGAGCGAUACAAGCGUUUGGGUUCGGAUUUGUUGAUUAAGAUUGGUAAAAGCGAGAACGUUUUGGAUGCGUUGGACGCGGACGUCGUCGUCUGCAGUCGAGAGGUGUGCGAAGACGAACGAGCGUUGGAGAGGAAAGUCAAACGAAAGGCGAAAGGAGAGUUAAAGUUGGUUUGGGAUAAUACUUUGUACCAUUACGAGGACGUUUUUGAGUCCGGGAACUGUUAUCAAAACGGGUUGAACGAUUUACCGACGCAGUUCACGCAGUUCAAGAAUAAAGUGGAGAGUAAAGUGUCCGUGAGAAAACCGAUUUUGAACGACGCCGAGUUGAGCGAUGGAUUGAAGAAAUUUUCGUCCCCGUCCAACGUGAGCGAGGAGGAGAUGCAAUUCGUGCCAACAAUCGAAGACAUCCCGUUGAGCGACGACGCUCGACAAAUGCACGCCGCUAUUCCUAAAGAUAACUCCAUAACUCCUGUGUACUCGUUCAAAGGCGGCGAAUCCGAGGCGUUGAAAAGAGUCCAGCGAUACUUGUACGAAACCGACGCCGUCGCGACGUAUUUCGACACCAGAAACGGCAUGCUGGAAGAUUUAGAGUCAACCAAGUUAGCCCCUUAUUUAGCUUUAGGAUGCAUCUCUCCUCGAUUUAUCGAGAACGAAAUUCGCAAGUACGAGAAAGAACGCGUGGAGAACAAAUCGACGUAUUGGGUCAUUUUCGAGUUGACCUGGAGAGAUUUCUAUCGCUUCUUCGCUUUGCGGCACGGCGCGAAAAUCUUCAAACUCGAUGGGAUUGGUUCGAACGGAAAGAUGCCCCCUUGGACGGCCGAACACGAAGGACGAGACGAAAUAUUCGAAAAAUGGAUCAGCGGCACGACCGGGUACCCGCUCAUCGACGCGAACAUGCGCGAAUUAAAGCUCACCGGAUGGAUGUCCAACAGAGGUCGGCAAAACGUCGCCUCUUGGCUCGCGUUAGACGCUCGAAUCGACUGGAGAAUGGGCGCGGAAUGGUUCGAGUUUCUCUUAUUAGAUUACGACCCGGCGUCUAACUGGGGCAACUGGGUCGCCGCCGCCGGAUUAACUCGAGGCCGCGUCAACAAAUUCAACAUCCCGAAACAAACGAAAGAUUACGACCCGCAAAUGAAAUACUGUCGCAAAUUCAUCCCAGAGUUGGAUUCGAAAGACUACCCGCGACCGGUGCAGUUGAAGAAAUUCGCGUUCGAGGAAUCCUCGUCGUCCAGAAAUAACGGCGGCCGAAAUGGCCCCGGAAGAGGAACAACAAACGGUAGGGGGGGCAGAAGAGGAAAACAAAACAGACAGCCUCGAAACAACGCGUUCUACGACGACGACCGACAAAACGGCGGCGGCGGUUUCAGUUAA